CGCGGGGCGGAGCCCGGGAGCUGACGCGGCCGCCCCGCCCCCGGGACCAUAACCGGUUGCCGCUGCUGACUCCGCGGACCUAGUGCCCCGCGUUGGAGGCUCGGACCCGUGGCCGACACCGGGCGCCCCGCCUCCCGCCCGCCAUGGCCGCGCCCCGUGCCCCCCGCGCCUUGGCGGCAGCCGCGCCCGCACCAGGAAAGGCCAAGCUGACGCACCCCGGGAAGGCGAUCCUGGCAGGUGGGCCGCUCCGGGACGCGGACCCCCGUCCUGCCCGCUCCGCUUCCGGGUGGGCCCGGGACACGGAGGCCCCGCCUCACUUCCGGGUCGGGCGAGGGUAUUACGGCGGCCUGGCCGGCGGCAUCGAAAUCUGUAUAACGUUCCCAACUGAAUACGUGAAGACGCAGCUACAACUAGACGAGCGCUCGCACCCGCCGCGGUACCGGGGCAUCGGGGACUGCGUGCGGCAGACGGUCCGCAGCCAUGGCGUUCUGGGCCUGUACCGCGGCCUCAGCUCUCUGCUCUACGGCUCCAUCCCCAAGGCGGCCGUCAGGUUUGGAAUGUUCGAGUUCCUCAGCAAUCACAUGCGGGACGCCCAGGGACGGCUAGACAGCACGCGGGGGCUGUUGUGUGGCCUGGGCGCAGGUGUGGCCGAGGCUGUGGUGGUCGUGUGCCCCAUGGAGACCAUCAAGGUGAAGUUCAUCCAUGACCAGACCUCCCCCAACCCCAAGUACAGAGGAUUCUUCCACGGGGUUAGGGAGAUUGUACGGGAACAAGGAGUGAAGGGGACCUACCAGGGCCUCACUGCCACUGUGCUGAAACAGGGCUCAAACCAAGCUAUCCGCUUCUUUGUGAUGACCUCCCUGCGCAACUGGUACACAGGGGACAACCCCAACAAGCCCAUGAACCCACUGAUCACCGGGGUCUUUGGAGCUAUUGCCGGUGCAGCCAGUGUCUUCGGAAACACGCCUCUGGAUGUUAUCAAGACCCGGAUGCAGGGCCUGGAGGCACACAAAUACCGAAACACGUGGGACUGUGGCUUGCAGAUCCUCAGGAAGGAGGGGCUCAAAGCUUUCUACAAGGGCACUGUCCCCCGCCUGGGCCGGGUCUGCCUGGAUGUGGCCAUCGUGUUUAUCAUCUACGAUGAGGUGGUAAAGCUGCUCAACAAAGUGUGGAAGACAGACUAACCCAAGGUGGGGGGGUGCUGCCCUAGGUACCUCCAGACCAGCCCCCGCCAACCAUGUCUCACAUGAUUCCAGUGCAGUCGUGCCAAAAGGCCCGUUUCCCUCUUCCCUUGAGCUGCUUGGCCUGGUUCAUUCAUUGUGGCAAUCAUGUAUUCCAUAGUGCCAUGUCUCCCUGGUCUAUAUGUGACACUACCAUUGUGUUCGUGUCCAGCUUGGCCACAGUUGUGUGUCCCUCUGGCCUGUGAAUCUGUGCCCACUCGUCCAUGUGCUUGCUUGUGAGCUCUGUGCCUGUGUUUCAUGUUUUGUGUCAUGUGACCCUGCACCUGAUUCCCAGGGUGCUCUUGUGGCUUGGGUCCACAGUCCUAUAGGCCAUGGCCCUGUCCCAGUCCGAUGCCUUCCACCCUGGGCGGCAGGGGCACCCUGCCCAGGCCUACCACAGCUGCCUCCGGGCCUCGGCCUGGCCUCACUGCAUUCCAGGGGCUGUGCGCCCCCUGCUUCUCCCGCCAUUGGCCUUAACUGGCCCUCGGGCCCUCCCUCCACCCGGGACAGGGUGGCAGCCGCCACUCUCAGGACCACCCUGCCAAGGCAGAAUAAACCGGAUCCUGUCGCA